AUGAGUAAUAAUAAAGGUGGUGUUUUAUCUCGAGUAUUUGGUGGUUCAUCAAAAGGUGGUGCUAAAAUGAAAACAGCUCAAACACCACAAGAAGCUAUACAACAGUUACGUGAUGUUGAAGAUGUUUUGAAUAAAAAAGUUGAACAUUUAGAAGCAAAAAUAAAUGAAGAAACAGCAAUUGCUCGUCGUGAUGCCAGAACAAAUAAACGAAAUGCUUUGAAUGCGCUUAAAAGGAAAAAACGUUUAGAAAAAACUUUACAACAAAUCGAUGGAACUUUAACAACAUUGGAAUAUCAACGUGAAGCCUUACAAAAUGCUUCAAUGAAUGGUCAAGCAUUUAAUGCACUUAAAAGUGCAACAAGUGCUUUGAAAAAUGUUCAUAAAGAACUUGAUGUUGAUAGUGUUCAAGAUAUAAUGGAUGAAUUAGCUGAACAACAUGAAUUAUCAAAUGAAAUAGCCAAUGCUAUUUCAAGUCCUGUUGGUUUUGGUGCUGAAAUUGAUGAAUUUGAAUUGGAAAAUGAAUUGGCUCAAUUAGAACAAGAAGCCAUAGCAAAAGAAAUGUCUCAAGUUGAAUUACCAACAGUUCCUGCUCAUUCAGUUCCAGCUUAUGCUCAACCAGCAAGUGCAUCAUCAAGCAAAGCAAGGAAUGAUCAAUUGGCUGAAUUAGAAAGAUGGGCAUCAUAA